CCUGGUGGCGCCACUUUGCAUCAUCCAAACAUUGUUGCACUUUAGAGGCCUGUAUAAAAACGGCUCCAGCACAGUGAGCACACUUCGUAUUUUCCCCAAAAAUGACAGCAAUGCAACGACAGGACCAGAGCCGCUUCGACAUGUGGCAUGACUACAUGAACCUUGGCAGAGUGCUGGAGAGGCUGCGGGACAGCACCCGGGAUGAUGGGGGUCUCACACACACCAAGGGCACCGAGAAGGAAGCAGCAUUCUCCGGGAGAAGACGAAACACCUCCCGGAGAGGGGAGCGUAAAGACUCCACGGAGUCCUGCUCAGUGAGCAUCCAGUCGGAUACCACCUGCAGCACCGGGACCUCCCCUGGAUGCUGCCGCUUCUGUAAGCAGAACGGAGAGUCUGUGACGGUGUACCGGUCCCACAUGCUGAAAUCAGACGAAGGGAAACUGAUCUGCCCCAUCCUCCGGAGAUACACCUGCCCCCUCUGUGGAGCCAGCGGAGACCAGGCGCACACACGCCGCUACUGCCCGCAGAGAGAGGCCGGAGAGGCGGCCUUGGUGCUGCUGGGCUCCCGGUGAGACAGAAGACACGGUACAUGAACUCAUGCUUAUGAGUUCAUGUUUACAGAGACUGAUGGAGGUUCCUAACAAGUUUGAAGUUAAGUUUUUUCUAUUGUCGUGUUUUUCAGCGUUGAUUUGCAGACAUUUUAAAAACUGCAAGAGCUAUUUUUGUAUAUGUAUUAGUUUAUAAAGUGUAAAAAUGGUUAUCAAAUAUUGGACAAGUGUCAGUUACAGGAAUUUAAAAACGGCCAAACUAAAGCUUUUGAUUUAUAUUAUGCUUCCUUGUUUUUUAAAAGUUUUUGAAGAACUAUACAGAAAUAUUUCAAAUCAACAUUUGAUUGACCAAACAUGUGUUCAUGUUCACAGAGAAAGUGUUUGACGUUGUUGCUUUUAAAAUGAUGACUGUUAUUGUCAACACACUGUUAAGCGUUGAAAAAGUGUUAUCAAAACUUGAGAAAAAGUGUAAAUCAUAGACUUUUUAAAACUCUUGUUUGUUUCAAUUUUGAAGGAAUAAAUAUGGGAAAA